AUGCAUUACAUAUUGCUGUGGAGCGACCCGGAGCACUCGCCCUUUAAAGAGUUUGGUGAAGGUCAAGCUCUGUUCGAGAGGAGCAACUGUUCCUAUGUGAAUUGCUUUGUGACAAGCGACAGAAACUACUUGGACGACUACACACAGUUCGAAGUGGUGGCUUUUAACGGUCCUGACUUACCUGUGCUCCGCAGUACCAACAACCUGCCGAAGAGACGCGCCCGAAGCCAGAAGUAUGUGUACGUCAACAUGGAGGCUGCCGCCACCUACCCGUUGUGCUCUCAUAUUUGGAAUAGGUACUUCAAUUGGACCUGGACGUACCGACUCGACUCGGACAUAGUCUGGAGAUACUUCGUUAUAAGAAACUCGAGCGGUCAUGUUGUCGGACCCAGUGCGUCGAUGACCUGGAUGAACUUGACUGAUAUGAAACCAAUAGACGUUCAGCUCAAAGUGAAAUUGUCAAGAAAGAGAAAAGCAGCCGCAUGGUUUGUAUCCAAUUGCAAUACGGCCAGCCUCAGAGAAUACGUCGUAAAAGAAAUACAAGAACUUAUGCUGGCCCUGGGCCUCAGACUCGAUGUAUACGGUGAAUGUGGCAGGUCUUCGUGUCCAGUAACUUCUAUGAAAUAUUGCUUGAAGCAACUCGAAAAACAGUACUAUUUUUACUUCGCGUUUGAGAACUCUAUUAGUGAGGAUUAUGUGACGGAGAAAGUCCUUCACGCUCUCAAACACAACACAGUACCAGUUGUGUUCGGAGGCGCGGACUACAAGAGAUUUCUCCCGCCUGGCUCUUACUUGGAUGCGCGUGAACUCGGACCCAAAAAACUAGUUCAGGCAAUGGACAAUAUCAUACAGCACAAGAAUUUGUACUACAGCUUCUUCAAGUGGAAGAGAUACUACUCGUUCCAUGCACCUAACGAGGCUCCAGUCACCGACAUUUAUUGUCAACUGUGCGCUGCGCUCAAUGGAGACCAGUUGCACAUUCUUCGGGAUUAA